ACCGCCUUCACUUCACAACCCACCACCACCAUCAUCUCCGUCGCAACGCCACCGUGACACCACCAUGGGAAAGCAAAAACAACAAGUCAUUUCCCGUUUCUUCGCUCCCAAACCCAAGCCUUCAUCUCCCCCAACAUCAACACCACCACCACAACCACAACCACCGCCACCGCCGCCGUCUCAAUCACCUUCCCCUAAAAUCACCGCCACCGUCACCUUCUCCCCAUCAAAACGACGCCGUACUGCCGACCUCAUUUCCCCAAACAAAACCCCCAAAUCCCAAUUUCAAGAUUCUUCACAAACACUUCAUCAAAAAUUUGUAAGCAAACUUCUAGAACCUUCUAAUGAUCAAGAUUUACAAAAUGUUUCAACUUUAUGUAAUAAAGAUUCAAUCUUUAAUAAAAUUAAGUACACCCCAUUAGAAGUUCAAGUUAUUGAAUUGAAAAAUAAGUAUAAAGAUGUUCUUUUGAUGGUUGAAGUUGGUUAUAGGUUUCGGUUUUUCGGUCAAGAUGCCGAAAAUGCGGCUCGGGUUUUGGGUAUUUAUGCACAUAUGGAUCAUAAUUUUUUGACUGCUAGUAUACCCACUUUUAGAUUGAAUGUACAUGUUAGGAGGUUAGUUAGUGCAGGGUAUAAAGUUGGUGUUGUUAAACAAACCGAGACGGCAAGUAUUAAGGCUCACGGGUCGAAUAAGUUAGGCCCGUUUUGUCGUGGGCUGUCUGCGUUGUAUACAAAGGCGACGUUGGAAGCGGCCGAGGAUGUGGGUGGAGAUGAGGAAGGGUGUGGGUCAUGUAAUAAUUAUAUGGUUUGUGUUGUUGAGGAUGAGAAAGGGUGUGGUGAUAGUGGGGUUGAUGUGACGAUUGGGAUUGUGGGUGUCGAGAUUUCGACUGGUGAUGUUGUUUAUGGUGAGUUUGAUGAUAAUUUGUUGAGGAAUGAGCUUGAGGCUAAGAUAUUGAGCUUGAAUCCUGCUGAAUUGCUUCUUGGUGAACCGUUGUCUAAGCUAACCGAGAAGUUUUUAGUAGCAUAUGCUGGACCUACAUCAAAUGUAAGGGUGGAGCGUGCCUAUCGAGAUCGCUAUAAAGAUGGUGGCGCACUCGCUGAAGUAUUGUCUUCGUUUGAUCAAGUAGGCAACAGUCUUUCAACUGAUACUUCUCAAGAUAAUAAUGGGGAGUUAGAGGGCAAAACAAGACCUCAAUUGGCAAUUGAGGCAAUAAUGGCCAUGCCAGAUUUGGCUGUCCAGGCCUUAGCGUUAACUAUUGAUCAUUUGAAGCAAUUUGGUUUCGAAAGGAUUCUUUGUUUGGGAGCUUCAUUUCGGCCUUUCUCUAACAAUGUGGAGAUGAGCCUUUCAGCCAAUUCUAUGCAACAGUUAGAGAUCUUGAAGAACAACGCCAAUGAAUCUGAGUCUGGUUCCUUGCUCCAGUGUAUGAAUCACACUCUUACCGCAUGUGGUUCCAGGCUUCUCAGGCACUGGGUGAGUCAUCCCUUGCGUGACAGAAACUUAAUUAAUGCUCGUCUUGAUGCUGUUUCUGAGAUUCUUGACUCGAUGGGUUCUCCUAAUGUUUCUAAUGGAAGAGACGGUGUCAAUUUUAGCCCCAAACUUCAUCAUCUGCUUACUUCAAUCCUGACAAAUUUAGCAAGAUUGCCUGAUAUUCAACGUGGAAUUACAAGAAUUUUUCAUCGAACUGCCACAGCAACAGAGUUCAUAGCAGUCAUUCAAGCUAUCGUUGUGUCCGGGAAACAGCUUCAGCAGCUUCAAGUGGAAGAGGAUAAUGUUGACCCCAUGCAACAAAAGACUAUUCAUUCUUCAUUGCUGAGAAGGUUGAUUUUAACUGCAUCAUCAUCCAGCAUAAUUUCUACUGCAGCAAGACUUCUGUCUGCCUUGGAUAAGGAAGCUGCCGAGAAACAUGAUCUUUCCAAUCUGUUUAUCAUUUCUGAAGGGCAGUUUCAAAAGAUUGCUGCAGCAAAAACCAAAGUGAAGCAGGCACAGGAAAAGCUAGAUUUGUUGAUUGUCUUAUACCGCAAACAACUGAAAAAUUCAAAUUUGGAGUUCAUGAAUGUGUCCGGGACAACACAUUUGAUAGAGCUGCCUCCAGACGUAAAGGUGCCAUUGAACUGGGUGAAGGUUAACAGUACGAAAAAAGCAAUACGGUAUCAUGCACCAGAGGUUUUGACGGCUUUAGACCACCUGACUUUGGCCAAUGAGGAGCUCCUUCUUGUGUGCCGCUCAGCUUGGCAGAAUUUUUUGAAUGAAUUCGGGAAAUAUUAUUCCGAGUUUCAAAGUGCUGUUCAAGCAAUAGCAGCGUUGGAUUGCCUACAUUCUCUUGCUCUUCUUGCACAAAAAAAGGAUUAUGUUCGACCAGUUUUUGUUGACGAUAAUGAACCUGUUCAGAUAUGUAUAUCAUCAGGACGUCAUCCGGUAAUGGAGACUAUAUUACAAGAUAGUUUCGUUCCAAAUGAUACAAGUUUGCAUGCAGAUGGCGAGUAUUGUCAGAUUGUUACUGGACCAAAUAUGGGUGGAAAAAGUUGUUACAUACGACAAGUGGCUCUAAUUGCUAUUAUGGCGCAGGUGGGUUCCUUUGUGCCAGCAUCAUCAGCAAAACUACAUGUUUUGGAUGGCAUCUACACUAGAAUGGGAGCAUCUGAUAGCAUCCAACAGGGAAGAAGCACAUUUUUGGAAGAAUUGGGUGAGGCUUCUCAUAUACUCAAUACUUGCACUGGCCGAUCUUUGGUCAUUCUUGAUGAGCUUGGGAGAGGAACAAGCACACAUGAUGGGGUAGCAAUUGCAUAUGCUACAUUGCAGUACUUGUUAGAGCAGAAAAGAUGCAUGAUAUUAUUUGUCACUCAUUACCCAGAGAUAGUUAAUAUGACAAAAGGGUUCACUGGUCGUGUGGGGUCAUAUCAUGUUUCGUACCUGACAUCACAAAAGGAUGAACAGACAAUGAGCUCAAAUUAUGAGAAUGCUGACUAUGACGAUGUUGUUUACCUUUAUAAGCUUGUUCCUGGUAUUUCAGAAAGGAGUUUUGGAUUUAAAGUCGCACAGCUUGCACAGUUACCCUUGUCAUGUAUAAACCGAGCCAGCGCAAUGGCAAUGAAAUUGGAAGAAGUAGUGAGCAACAGAGAUAAAAAUAGGUUGGCACAUAAAUAUUUACAAAAACCAGAGAAAAACGAUGAAUCUGGAGUCACAAAGGAGGAUGCGAAUGAGUUUAAAGAAUUUUUUUCAAACUUAAAUUUGGCAUUAUUAGAAGACAUCGAUCCUGUGAAGAGCUUCCAGUGUUUAAAGCAUGCUAGAAGCCUUGCAUGUGACUUGAGAAAUAGGUAACCCUUUAUUUACAUUCAUGUUCUGUAAAUUUUGUAAUGCGGCAGAGAUGGAAUUCUAUGUAUAAUCUGAAUGGUAAUAGGCGAUGAGCUCUUUUUGUAUUCCUGGGUGAGCCUUUGAUGGUUUCUGCAUCUUUUCUUGAACUUGUAAAGUUAAUUCUGUGAUCUCCUUUUUCUUUCUAAAUUGCAAGAGGUUUUUUUUUUU